AUGUCGUUCAGCCUCAAACAAAAGGGAAAUCAAGCUUUUGCCGAUGGUAGCUUUCAAGAAGCUGCAAAUAUCUACCAAGAAGCCUUACAGCUUGACCCCCAAAAUCCGGUUCUGUAUUCAAACAGAGCAAUGUGCUAUGUGAAACUUAAUAACUGGCACCAAGUAUUAGCUGAUACAACCGCUGGUUUGGAAUUGCGCGUAAACGAUACAAAGACCCAAGUCAAACUUCUAUGGAGAAAAGGCCUGGCAUUGUCAAAGCUGGGAAACGUCUCAGAAGCUUUAGAAUCUUUCAAUAAAGCCUUAGAGCUGGAUCCCAACAAUGCUACUGUCAAGUCUGAACUUGAGCGCCUAGUAUUGAACAAAAGAAGAAAACACUUACAGUCGGAAAAUGGUUCACUCCUAUCACUAACUAUUGAAAAUUAUGAUGUUCUACCUUCAGAAUUCACAAGCAAUCACAUCCAGGAGGCUGAUACUUAUCAAGAAAAGCCAGCGUCCUCAUCAGAGCUUUUUGAAGGGUCAUCCUUCAACCCACCUGCAUUCCCAUCGGUUUACUUUCUAAGUAGGCUGAAAUUUUUACCUGCAUCUCAGAAACCACCUGCUUACCACUACGUUCUUUCUUUCUCUCCAGAAACAUACUCUAGUCUCUUUAAAGAAGGUGGCUUAGAUUCAAACUUUUUGGAUUUCUUCAUUGAGGCGGUCAUUAAUAACCAAAUAAAAAACCCAGAUAAUGUCCUACAGUGCCUUAAAAUAUUCUCUACUUGCAAACGAUUUUCAAUCUAUUUGUCAUUUACGGAAGCUAAUAACAUUACGCUCAUGUUUGAAAAAUUAUCCAAUCUCAGCGACAAACAGUUAUUCACAACUACAAGAAAUAUCUGGGGUUUGCCCUAA